AUGACUAACCUCUAUCCUGAUGAGAGCUACUGCACGAGUGAUAUAGGCCGUUUACUGUUUCAUCCAAAGAACGAGUGGUCUGUGACGGCAAAGGUGGUAGAUGUCAUAGAAGUGAAGCAUAUUGCUGGUAAUCAUAUCGACUAUAAAAUAGAAAUCACUUGUGUACCCCGUAAAAGUAUUGAGUUGGACGACCGAGUAUUUACAUUGACUUCAAGAUUUCGUGAGUUGAAUCGUUUGCACGCCAACUUAUCAAAAUUACAUAAACAGCUUUAUUUGCGAGGAACAUUUCCACAAUUCGCUCUUCCACGUCUACUGGGUAAAUUCGACCCACAAGUGAUAACUGAACGAAGGCAUAGCAUCGAUGAAUUCUUGGCGUUCGUUCUCGAUAAUGAAGUGUUAAGGAAAGCGCGUGUGCUACAAGAAUGGACCGAGGUGAGCAUUUCCUCAGUAUUUUGUUCUCAGUUCUCACUUUGUUAA